AUGCCUAUGCAUGUGAUGUCCUGUUUCCGGUUGCCGAAAGGUGUUACAAACAAACUUUCUAGUGCGGUGUCAAAUUUUUGGUGGAGUAGUACGGGGCAGACACGAGGAAUGCAUUGGCUGGCCUGGAAAAAACUCUGUCGACAUAAAAACGAUGGAGGUCUGGGUUUCCGAGUGAUUGAGGAUUUUAAUACCGCCUUGUUGGCGAAACAGCUGUGGCGACUGAUGGAUAACCCGGAUUCUUUAUUUUCACGCGUGUUCAAGGGACGGUAUUACAGGAAUACAACUCCUUUGGAACCCAUUAAAUCAUACUCGCCUUCCUAUGGUUGGCAGAGUAUUAUCUCGGCUCGACCUCUGGUAAACAAAGGGCUUAUUAAAAGGGUUGGUUCUGGAAUCUCUAUUUUAGUUUGGGGGGAUCCAUGGAUUCCAGCUUCUCGCCCGAGGCCAGCCAUGGGAAACGGGGUUCAUUUUCACUCUCAUCUUCGGGUAAGUGAAUUAAUGACACCCGGAACAUUAACGUGGAAUCUUCCACUAUUAAAUCAACUUUUCGAGAGUAGUGAUGUUUCUACAAUAAUGGGGAUACCGACAUCAAGGGCCGGCAGACCGGAUUCCGUGGGAUGGUUUUUCACGAAAACGGGACGAUAUACGGUCAAAUCGGGGUACGACCUGGCGCAACAAAUCCACGAGGAGGAUAGUAAUGUGCCCAUUGGGCCAGAUAUACGGCGGCUACUAGCACACGCGUGGAAAGUAAAGUGUACACAAAAGCUUCAACACUUUAUUUGGCAAGUUUUAACGGGAUGCAUAUCUGUAGGGGCACGACUAAGGAGCAGGGGAAUGCAGGUCGACCCACAGUGCAUGCGAUGUGGGAUGGCUCCAGAAACCAUUAAUCAUCUAUUAUUCGAAUGCCCCCCGGCAUUACAGGUGUGGGCUUUAUCGCCAAUCCCAACGGCUCCCAACCGAUUCCCGACGGGAAGUUUGUUUACAAAUGUAGCUCAUUUGUUUUGGCAUCUACCAGAGGAUGACAGGAUGGGGAUGUACCCUUGGUUGAUUUGGUUCAUUUGGAAAGCCCGCAAUGACAAGGUGGAUGGAUCGUGGAAAGCUACAGAACCCCGGGCGGGGCUGGGAUGGUAUAAUUAUAAUACCAACACAGGAGAAAAACUUUUGGGCACCUGCAACUUAAGGCGUGGACUCUCGCCCCUGCAAGCAGAGGUUGAGGCACUCCUAUGGGCUAUGCAGUGCAUGCUACGGCAAGGGAAACAAGUAAUAAUGUUCGAAACGGAUUGCUCCGACGUCGUCAAGAUGGUGUCUAGUCCGGAGGUGAUGUAG